AACUGCUUUUUCGGGAACAAAGAUCUUGCACAUAGAAUCCUUGUUAUUAUUGUUUACCUUGAAAUAUUUUCGAAUAAAAGACUGUGCCGUAUAUAACGCUCGUUCAGUUAUUGCCGUGAAGAUGAAAGGAUCGUUUCUACCACUGCUCCUCGCGUACUUCGCUACCACAGGGUUGGCAUGUCAACAGCCCACCCGGCAUUAUAUUUCUAUGGGAUGUACUCCCAGUGAGCAGAAAGACGAGGAAGGGUGCCCCCUAAGCUAUGAUUGUCCCAACUUGAAAAACCGCCAGAAUGAUAAGUGUUAUCUCUAUGGAAAGACAUAUUCCUUCGGGGAUUCCGUGCCAAUGGAAGAAACAUCAUCUUCUUGUAUCGCUGGACUCGGUUGUAUCCCCGAUGGUCUUAACUCCCGAUUCAUCUAUGCACACAUAGAUUGUGCAGAGUUUUUCCGUCCGUACAAACCGGAUUGCGUUCGACAGUAUGCACCAAACAAAUGUUGUUCAUCAGGUGAGGUUUGUGGAGAAGUUAGAGAUAAGCUGGCCAAGUGCACAGUAGGUGGGCACACCUACUAUGAGGGAGAACGAAUGCCCGUUCCAGACAAUCCGUGUAAAUCAUGUAUCUGCUCGGGAAGCUAUGACAAACAUAAGUUCAACUGCAAAGAACAUUGUUACGAGACGAAAUGCACAUUUGAGAUUUACAAUAAGGACAAAUUGUUCCAAGGAGCCGUUCCAGUUUACAAGGAUGGAGUCUGCUGUCCUUGGAGUUGGAGAUUACCCGCUGAUACUGAUAAACUGGUGAAAGGAGCGAACAGCAAUCCCGAGCUGCAAUGUAAAUAUGGAAAACUCACAUUGAAUGUGGGUGAUUCAUUGGAGCCUUUCUCUGACACCGAUGGAACCGUCAAAUGUAGUUGUGCAAUUCCUCCUUUGGUACAUUGCAAGUUAGGUUGAAAAGAAAACUGAUCCAAAGGACAACAGUACAGAAGGUGAAAUCUUUUUAAAAAAUGAAAUAAUAAAACGAUUAUUCAAGUGAA